AUGUGGCUGAACGGUACCAAACAUCGCACGUUGACAAGUCCACCGACGUGGUGUUUAAAUCCGUACAAUUUGAAAAGUUUAAACACUGCUCCAGAAUCAACCUUCUCAACACCAGAUGGCUUACUUAUACCGAAAUAUGCAUUUUUCGAAAUGGGGAUAGUGCUUCCGCCUUGGCUGUUGCUUUCAUGGCUUCAAAUCAAUUCUCGAAUGAAACACAAACCGAGACAACUUCCACUGCCUCGAGUGCAUGCAUCGUCGGUCAAUCCGGAAAUGCCUUUGGACCUUCGAAUCCAUGCCACUGCUCUCUGCACACUCCCAUCAAAACAGAAACUACAUGAACGGUCAGAUUCAAGCAGUUGCAGAACUGAUGAGCAACAGGUAUUGAACGAAACUGUUGGAACUGGAGUGAGACAAAACCGGGUUCACUGCGAGGCCUCGCCAACACCCUUUCAGCUUCUCAGUACCUUCUGUUCUGUAAAUCAGACUAAUCGACCAAGAAAGAACUAUCUUCCGGAUUUGUGGGUCAUGGGCAAACGUGCUUUGCCCAACAGCGUACAUCAGGUCGGACAAUCUACUCCGAACAACUGCCCUGACCAAGAGAGGACCACGGAUCAUGGACACCCAAAACUAACUUCAGUCAAUCGGACCACAAUGUCUGGUCCGGGCAAACAACCAGUAACUAGGUGCUAUCAGUGUAAACUGCACUUUCCCACACUGGUCGAACUGAAUGUUCAUUUUGUUUCCGAGCACGCUUGCAUUCUUCGGGAGGAAAUGGAACGAACUAAGUCGUGGAAGUCUCACGCAAUCGAGGAGUUCUACUUUCCAGAUAUGGAGUCUCACUCACUGGCCAGAUCAAUGAACACUAACGGAUACCCGUGUCCUUUGUGCAACUAUUGUGCUAAAUGGCCCACAGAAUUGCAAAAGCACAUCAUGGUCCACUCUAAAGAACGUCCCCAUCGGUGUAUCAUAUGCGGUCUAUCCUACAAAUGGAAGUGGGAUUUGGGUCGUCAUUUUGAUAAGAGUCACCAUAAAUCUAUGAAUCCCUAUAAGAAAAACGGGAUAAAUAUCGGGAAGUCUCGGGCUUUGAUCAAAAGAGAGCAAAGAUACCGAAAGCCGACGAAACUGCAGACUCCUGUUUUGUGUGGACAGAACACCGGUGUGAACAAUUCUUCCUUCCCACUAAAUGAUCAUUCUACUCGGCAAGAGGGAUUCGCGGGAUAUACGGUACCGAGGGAAUGGAACUGGGUCGAUGAAGAAAUCCUUCAGAACCAUAUGCAAUCCAUAGAAAAUUCAUCUUUGUGAUUGAAAGGACGCGUUCCCAUUUCGUACAACCUGAUAUACCUAAAAAACACACGCCAUUUCUUGAUGUUUUGUCCUCAUACAUUCCCUAAACGUGGACACAGUGAUAGUCCUUGC